UAUUAUCGUAGAGAAAAAAAAUCGAUUUACCGCUGUAGAAUCGAUAAGCAAUUAACAUAUGUUCUGCCUAUCGACUGUGACAGUGUGGCAACUCGGUCAGUUGCUAAACAAAACCAAGUGAGAGCUCAUCGUAACACGUGCAACAAUGAAGUGUCAGGUGGCGAGUGUCGUGCUGGCGUUUGCCUUGUUGAUUGUGGCAACAGCUUUGCCUGUGACGCAAAACAAAAAGGAGGAAAAACCAGCGGAACAUAGCAGCACUCCUGCCCCCGCCGACGUGGAAACGGCCCUGGAGUAUGAGAGGUAUUUGCGUGAAGUGGUCGAAGCCCUGGAGGCUGAUCCCGAUUUUCGCAAAAAGCUCGAUAAGGCGCCCGAAGCAGACAUACGUAGUGGCAAAAUCGCACAAGAGUUGGACUAUGUGAAUCAUCAUGUGCGCACCAAGUUGGACGAGAUAAAACGCCGCGAACUGGAGCGCUUGCGUGAAUUAGCCAACAAGGCCUUCGAACUGAGCAACGACAUCGAUCGCGAGCAUUUGAAAGUGCCACAACAUUUGGAUCAUGGCAAUGAGCACACAUUCGAAAUCGAAGAUUUGCGCAAACUGAUACAGAAAACGUCCGAUGACUUGGCCGAAGCGGAUCGCAAGCGACGUGGCGAAUUCAAAGAGUACGAAAUGCAAAAAGAAUUCGAACGUGAGGCACAGAAAAAGGAAAUGGACGAGGAGUCACGCAAGAAAUUCGAGGCUGAGAUCAAGGCAAACGAAGCGAAGCACAAGCAACACGAGAAGAUCCACCAUCCUGGCAACAAGGCACAACUAGAGGAGGUCUGGGAGAAACAGGAUCAUAUGGAAAAGGACGAUUUCAAUCCGAAAACAUUCUUUUCCAUUCACGACGUGGACAGCAACGGUUACUGGGACGAGGCGGAAGUGAAGGCACUGUUUGUCAAGGAACUGGACAAGGUGUACAACAGCAAUCUGCCCGAGGAUGAUAUGCGUGAGCGUGCCGAGGAAAUGGAGCGCAUGCGUGAGCAUUACUUCCAGGAGACGGACACAAAUCACGAUGGUCUCAUCAGCAUUGAUGAGUUCAUGCAGCAAACAGCCAAGGAGGAGUUCCAACGUGACCCCGAAUGGGAAACCAUCGACCAGCAGCAGCAAUAUACGCACGAGGAGUAUCUGGAGUUUGAGCGUCGCCGCCAGGAGGAAGUGCAGCGUAUGAUUGCCCAGGGACAAUUGCCCCCACAUCCCAAUAUGCCGCAAGGCUACUAUGCUGCUCCUCCGCCAGGUGGCGUUGCCUACCAACAGCCACCGCCAGCUGGUGCUCAGUUGCACUACCAGCAACCGGAUCAAUUGCAUCUCCAACAGCAGCAACAGUACGCCCACCAGCAGCAGCAAUACGCACAACAUCAGCAGCAGCAGCAACAGUUUGCCCAGCAGUAUCAGCAACAGCAAUACGGACAGCCGCAGCCCGUGCAAUUGAAUCCCAAUCAAGUUUAUCAGCAUGCCGGACAAAUACCAGCACAACAGCAGCCCGUGUAUCAGCAGCAGCCUGUCUAUCAGCAGCCAAUACAACAGCAGCAACCUGUGCAACAGCAACAACAACCUGUGCAACAGCAACAACAGCCUGUGCAACAGCAACAACCUGUGCAGCAACAACAAUCUGUGCAGCAGCAACAGCAGCCUGUGCAGCAGCAACAACAACCUGUGCAGCAACAACAACAGCAGCAACAACCCGUGCAACAGCUCAACAACCAAACCCCGCCUCCUGCGCAAAACCAACAGUUGCCCGUACAGCAGCAACAACAGCAGCAGCAACAACAACCACAACCUGUGCCACAACAACAAGCUCAACAACCACAGCAACCGCAAGCGCAGAAACACUAAACGGAACAUUCCUUUUUACGGGCGUCGCAUUUUGUGCUAUACGAAAAACAAAUCUAAAUUAUCGAUGACUGAAAUAGCAAACAGGAAAUUUAUCUAAUCUCAAAAUAUAUAUGUAUAUUUUCUUUUAUAUAUAUGCAUAUUCGCAUAUGAUAUAAAUUGAUCAAUGUUUAAUAACAAUUAAUUGGCUGUCGGAGAUUGUCGCAUUGUCUUUCCAUUGUCGCCUUUUUUUUUGAUACUUUUCCCAUUUUUCUAUAUAGUAACUACUUUCCGCUCUUUUUUACACACAUCUUUUUUGUACAUAAAUAAAAUUAAUUUAUUGCAGAAAAUAAAAUUUGUGCAGUAAAGUA